UAUUCGAAGGACAACCACCAUUUCCAAAGAGUGGAACACAAUCGAGAUUAGACAAUAGAAAGAGAAACAAGAGAGAGAAAUCAACAAUGGCUUCUUUGGUCAACAACGCUUACGCUGCGCUUAGCACUUCCAAAUUGGAGCUUCGAGAUGUUAACAGCCUCACCAAUUUCCGAGUUGGUCUUCCAUCAUCGCUCAGUUGCAAGAAUUUCAGGAAGGUUUCUUCUUCUUCAAUCACCUGUAAAGCUGUUUCUGUUGCGCCUCAAUCCACCAAUGAAGGCCUUAACAUUGCUGAAGAUGUUUCUCAGCUAAUUGGAAAAACUCCAAUGGUGUAUCUCAACAAUGUAUCAAAUGGAUCAGUUGCAAACAUUGCUGCUAAGCUUGAGAGCAUGGAACCCUGCUGCAGUGUGAAGGACAGGAUUGGUUACAGUAUGAUUGAUGAUGCUGAGCAGAAAGGAGUUAUCACAGCUGGAAAGACUACUCUGGUGGAGCCUACAAGUGGGAAUACUGGAAUAGGACUUGCAUUUAUAGCUGCUGCAAGAGGAUACAAGAUUAUCUUGACAAUGCCAUCAUCCAUGAGUAUGGAAAGGAGAGUUAUCUUGAAGGCAUUCGGAGCUGAGUUGGUCUUGACUGAUCCAGCUAAGGGUAUGAAGGGUGCAGUUGAGAAGGCUGAAGAGAUUUUGAAGAAUACUCCUGACUCCUACAUGCUUCAGCAGUUUGACAAUCCUGCAAAUCCCAAGAUACAUUAUGAGACAACAGGUCCCGAGAUCUGGGAAGACACUAAAGGCAAAGUGGACAUUUUUGUUGCAGGCAUUGGAACUGGAGGGACAAUUUCUGGAGUUGGGCGGUACCUCAAAGAACGCAACCCUGGUGUCCAGGUCAUUGGUAUAGAACCUACAGAAAGCAACAUACUUUCAGGUGGCAAGCCUGGUCCACACAAGAUUCAAGGACUUGGAGCUGGUUUUGUUCCCAGCAAUUUGGAUUUGGGUGUGAUGGAUGAAGUUAUAGAGGUAUCCAGUGAAGAAGCUAUUGAAACUGCAAAGCAAUUAGCAAUGAAAGAAGGCUUGCUGGUUGGCAUUUCCUCUGGAGCGGCAGCAGCUGCUGCAGUCAAGGUUGGUAAAAGACCUGAAAAUGCAGGAAAACUUAUAGCUGUUGUGUUUCCAAGUUUUGGUGAGCGAUAUCUGUCAUCCAUUUUGUUCCAGUCUAUUCGUGAAGAGUGUGAAAACAUGAAGCCAGAAUAAUGAGGAGUCAUUUCUAAAUUGAAAUUGCAGCCUAUUGUUAGAAUGUUCGCUUAAUUUCCAGGUUCUAGCCUCGUGCUUGCUUGUUGCAUUCUUUUGAUCCAAUUGGGUAUAUUUGGAACCCAGAAUGGUUUGUGUUUUCUCUUAUUAUUAGUUGACAUAAAAUGAGUAAUAAAAGUAUGUAAAUCAGAACAGCAGAUGAUGGUUUAAUUUCAAAAGCCAACAAUUUUUUUCCCUCUUAUUUUGCCUCCUUAAACUGGUUGCCCUUUA